GAAAAAGGUAGUCUUAGCACAUUGGCACACAUUUGCCUCUGGGUACUUGGAAAGCUCAUCAUUCCCAUCCUUACUUUGGAUAAACUCAAUUGAAGGCUGAGGAUCAAAACCAAGUGGAGGAAUCACGAAAGACAGAACAUCUGGUAGAUGGGUGCUGCAUUCCUCCUCUGAAACAAUAAUAAAAUAAACAAAACAUACAUUUUAUAGUAUGCACAUUAAGCGAUAUUUUCUGAUUUUUUUUCCCCCAAUUAUAGAUGUUAGAACUCACUUAUAUGAAAGAUAUUCGGUCUUGAAUGUGUAAAUAUUGAGGAAAUGCUUCACUUUCAUUUGCGCAGCCAUUAUUUUUUUUUAACCAAUCAGACAUUCCACAUGCUAGUUCAUGAUUUGCCAGAGGUGCUAGCUAGCAUCAAUUACAAUGCAGCUUGUGCAAUUCCAAAUGUUUUAGAAGCUAUCAUCAGGCCUAUAUUUUUCUAGUUUGACAGAUUAUUUUGUAGCCAAAAGCACCAAAAGACAAGCAUAGAUCUAUCGGUCAUCAGUUUAUUGGAAUAGAGCUCCCAACUUGAAACAUGCCUGCUUGUGCUAUGGUAGGCUGCAAUCACAGAACUGUACCGACAAGACAUCACGGACUAUCUGUCAUAUCAGCGCCACUUUACCCCCUCCAAAACCAACCUUCACAAUCCUGUAGAAAAUCUCGCCAGUAGCCAAUAAGUCUCUCUUGAAGCAUUCUCCCAUUGCUGCCCAGUGGACUGUAGGUGAUUUGGAAGAAACUGGCCAUAAUUUCUGAAGUCAUCGCUACCUUCUUCCAGAUGAAUGCAUUCUUGAACAUUUCAGAAUGCAAAGUCAUUGCAUCAAGCACACCUUGUGUCUUCAGUCCCUCUUUAAACUUUCAAAAAUACUGCAUACAAAUAUAAUCAUUAAUACAUUUUAGUCUUGUAAAUAUUUCAUUAUAAUACAUUUACAAUUUUACCUUUACCAAAAUGUACCUAAAAUAUGUAGACAUUUGGCUAAAACCUUUAUUAAAAGUGACUUACUUGCAUAGAAAACUCCAUAAAUUACAUUAUAUAAAUGUGUCAGAAUUUACCUUUUCUGGGAAUGCAUUGUUCUGUCUAGUAAAUACCAAUGCAAGUCGUGUCAGCUGGUGUUUGUCUUCAACUGAUUGUAUUACACGGAUGCAGCGAGCAAGAUGAAGGAGCGUGCUGUUUUCAUACACUUCUUCUCGAAGCAUCAACAGAGGAAGCAUUCAUAAUCUACAUUAAAAACAAAUUACUAAAAAAUUAGUUUAUUAGUCAUUUAGUGUAAAUCCUAAGGUGAAGACUGCGUUAUGUCCUUCAAUGUGGUAAGUGGCCUUCUUGGCCCUACAAUUGAGAAUUAAGCAAAAAGGCAUUUCUAAAAUAAAAUGCUGAACAUCUAAAAUAAAUCUUAAUUCAAAGAUUAUCUCAAGGCAAAAGAAAUAUUAAAAACAUGGAAAUAAAUAAACACGUAUGCAGGAACUUGGUUACACUGUGCAAUGAUAAAAAGCAAAAUAUGUCAAACUUUUUGCAGCAUCUCUUUUGCUUCCACAUUUCCAAGAUCAUGUAAUGCAAGGUAGAAUUUUUUAACCACAUGUGAGAGCAUGGUAUAAAACUGGAGAGAUGAAAUUUGAUGCAGGCCCACCAUUCACUAAUGAUAGUGAAACAGCCACACCAGCAAGAAAGUACUCAUCAUUGCGCAAAGCUGAAAAAGAGAAAGAUUACACAUGCAUGUAUAUAGGGUUCGAAUACUUCUGAGGAUAACGUAGAUGGAAAGAAAAGGGAAUAUUGCUGCUGCAGCUAAUUAUAGUCCAUAUUGCAUAUACUAAACUAACGUGAACCACAAGACUCAAAUGGGUAAAUUUUCAAAGGUUACUAAAUUUUAGUCAGAAGUCUAAGGUUACACUUUUUCUUACACUGGCUUAUUGGAGUUGAGAUUUUCCGAAGUGACUUUUAGAAUGUCUAGAGGUGCUAUUUAAGCAGACAGACCCGCCAUACGGUUACAUUGGAUUUAAACGACUAGCAAUUGAUGUGACUUAAGAGUGUUAGAUAUUAGUCUGUCCUGUCUAAGCAGAUUAUUAUAAAUGCAAGACGAUAUAAAUGCAAGACGAUAAAUGAUUAUUUAUUAGGCUUAAUAUAUAUUAACAUAGCCCAAGACUUCACUUCAACACCAGGUAAUUUUUUAUUUAUUAAUUGAUUUUGCUCUGUAGGAAGGAGAUAGUCUACUUCUGAAAUAACAAUAAUUUGGGAAUCACUGCCUUAAACAAUGUAAUAGUAAUCUUUAGUUGUAUAGUGCAAUCAAUGUGUACAGCCAAAAGCACUUUGCAAGCAGAAUACAGAAUAGAAAGAAUAGAGAAAUACAGAAAUAGAAAAAAGUUAUAAAAUGUUUUGAUGGGUCCUUUGUUAUUAAAUGUGCAUUCACUUAAAUAAUCUCAGAAAAUAAUGUAGUAACUUAUUGUAUUGUUGUGCAGCAAUGGAUUCUGCAUUAUACGGCAGUGGUUCACGCCACAGAUCAAGAAAGUGGUCCACAUCAUGCACUGGGUACCAGCACAAAACCAUUUUUGCUGGUGAUGCUGGAGCAAAUAAAAAGUUUGUGAUGGUAUUUGGCGACUCACAUCUCAGAAGCCUGGCCGAUGGUUUUGUGACAAUGCCACUUGGCAACCUGAGAUUUGGUUUCAGUUCCACUCCUGGUGCCUGUGCAGCAAUAUUGAGGAAGGACAUUCUGAGAGAAACAUUACCUGAAGAACCAGAUUUAGUGGUUAUUUUAGCCCCUGGUAAUACUCAACACGUCGUAGUAUUAGAUUUUCCAACCUGGCUUACUGUUGACCUUGGCCUUCAAGAUCUGUUGCAUCAGGAAUACCAUCGCUGUGCAGCCCGAAUGAAGGUCCGAUACCUCUCAAUAUCCGAACACUUCGAUGGUGUACUUCUUAGUGAUGACUGUGGCAUGCCUCUCCUUGCACAGCUCAUGUGGUGUGCAGCUUACCAGCAACAGUUUGCUGCACAAGAGACCAAACCAGCAACAACAGUUUUGCAGAGCAAGAAAUCUGGCCUCACUCCAUGUGUGGUUGUGAGAGGGUCAGCACCAGUAGUCAGCAGCGCUGAUCCUUUCGAGUGGGCAGAGGUGAAGCACGGUACCACCAAGAAGGCAGCGGAGGAGCUAUUCUUGGGGAUGAUGUCUGUCUCUUCCACUGCAAGGGCUGGAGGAGGCAGGUUAAGAUUGGACUGUCCUCUUUUAUUUUACAGCAAACAUUGUCCUUUAUAUUUUUAAAUGUUUUUUAUAGCCUAGCUGUUUACAACCUAGUCGUUUGUAGUACUGUAGCGUAGUCUUUUUUGUAGCAUGCCCUUAGAAGGGGGCAGUUCCCACUAGUCGUGGACUUCUGGAGAUUUCCCCCUGUUAAAACAGGGUUUUUUUUCUCCCCCCAGUACUGUGGAGAAUAUUUCUAAUUUUAAAUUAAAUUUAUAUUAGUUAAAACAAGUAUACA